AUGAAUCCCACGGCUUUUCCAGGGAGUGCCAAUCCGAUUAUGGCAGAGAAUUGGAUGCAAGAGAUUGAAAAGAUUCUGUCAGUACUACAUUGCACUAAUGAACAGAAAGUUCGGUAUGCUACAUUUAAGUUGAUAGGAGAGGUAGAGCGAUGGUGGUCAGUAGUGAAGCUUCCGGAGAAGCAGAGACUAGUACCUGUAGCACUGACCUGGGGACACUUUAAAGAGAUAUUGUUCGACCACUACUUCCUUGCCUCUGCUAUAAAUGCAAAGAUGGAGGAGUUUCUGAAUCUGACCCAGGGUCAGCUGACAGUGCCGUCGUAUGCUACUAAUUUUGUGGAACUGUCCCAUUUUGCCCCAUUUAUAAUCCCAAAUGAGUUCAGAAAGGAGCAGAGGUUUGAGAGAGGGCUAAGACAGGAGAUAUAUGAGCAAGUGGCAGUUUUGUAA